GCAUUGACCGCCGUGCGGACGUUUCGGUUUUUGUCAUUACGAAAUAACAAUUACGAAUUGCAUAAAAUACAAUUGUGCGACCCUAAAGUGAACUUGUAACGGUGUACAUUGGUUUAUAUUGUUUAAAAUUUGGAAAAGGUGUAGAUAACGUGCUUAACCAGCUAUAAAAAUGUCAAAACGUGCCGCAUAUGGCGAUGAUGAGGAUAGUCCACCCACACCAUCAGAUGAUGAUUCAGAUUUUGAUGAUGACGAGGAUCCAGAUAACUUGGAAGUGCCAGGUGGCGGCAAGACGUUGGCAGCGGCGGCGCGCCUGGCAUCCACCAAAGGCAAGGGAGUGCCCACACCUGUCCAAGUUACUGUCAAGCCAACCACCAACCCACUUGCUGCUCCUUCGGGGUUAGCUUUCGGACAAACAGCUAAUGUUAAACCAAUCAAAAUAUCUGCUAGUCAAAUCACAAAACCUAUCAACUUGGGAGGAAUGGGACGAGGUGUGGAGAUGGUAGGCGUGCCAGGCAUGAACUCGUACCUCCUGCAGAACUUGAACCAGAUCCUGGCGUCGGGCAUGGGUGGCCCGCUGGCUGGCAUGUUGGGACAGUUUGCCCAAUUGCCGCCUUGGGCUCAUGCUAACCGGCAGAUGUGGCAACCUGACAAGAUGCCUGGCGAAGAAGAGGAAGUCGAUGACGAAGAGAUGGGUGUAGCGGAAACCUAUGCAGACUAUAUGCCUUCCAAACUGAAACUGGGCCGCAAGCACCCGGACCCGGUGGUGGAGACGGCGUCACUGUCGUCUGUGGAGCCGGUGGACGUGACGUACCAGCUGCACCUGCCCGAGGAGACCCUGCGCGGGGGCCUGCUGUCCGCCCUGCAGCUGGAGGCCGUCGUAUACGCCGCCCAGGCCCACGAGCACAUGUUGCCCGACGGCACGCGUGCCGGCUUUCUCAUAGGUGACGGGGCGGGCGUGGGCAAGGGCCGCACUAUAGCGGGCAUCAUAUUCGAGAACUACCUGCAGGGCCGCAAGCGCGCCAUCUGGGUCUCCGUAUCCAACGAUCUCAAGUACGACGCCGAGCGAGACCUGCGGGACGUGGCAGCAGACAGGAUACCGGUCUACCCGCUCAAUAAGUUCAAGUACGCCAAGAUAUCGUCAGCGGUGAACGGCGGUGUGAAGAAAGGUGUGGUGUUCUGCACGUAUUCUGCUUUGAUAGGAGAAACUCAAGCGCAGGGCAACAAGUACAGGACCCGUCUCAAGCAAUUACUGCAGUGGUGCGGGGAAGACUUCGACGGAUGUAUUGUGUUCGACGAGUGCCACAAAGCUAAGAACCUGUGCCCAGUGGGUUCUGGCAAGGCCACUAAGACUGGUCUGACAGCGCUAGAAUUGCAGACCAAGCUACCCCGCGCUAGAGUAGUGUACGCCUCCGCUACAGGGGCUUCGGAGCCCCGCAACAUGGCGUAUAUGGUCCGUCUGGGCAUCUGGGGAGACGGGACGCCGUUCCCAACAUUUAUGGACUUCAUCAACGCCGUCGAGAAACGUGGCGUGGGAGCGAUGGAGAUUGUGGCGAUGGACAUGAAGCUGCGAGGCAUGUAUAUAGCGAGGCAGCUCUCCUUCCACGGCGUCACCUUCAAAAUAGAGGAGGUGCCGCUCUCUGAAGCCUUCAAGGAAACUUACGACAAGGCCGUUGCACUGUGGGUGGAGGCGAUGCAGCGGUUCACUGAAGCGGCGGAGCUGAUCGACGCGGAAUCACGCAUGAAGAAGACCAUGUGGGGACAGUUCUGGUCCGCGCACCAACGGUUCUUCAAGUACCUCUGUAUUGCCGCGAAGGUGAAUCACUGUGUGGUGACUGCGCGCGAGGCGGUGAAGUGUGGCAAGUGUGUAGUGAUAGGUCUACAGAGUACCGGCGAGGCGAGGACACUGGACCAGCUCGAGCGAGACGACGGCGAGCUCACAGACUUUGUGUCCACCGCCAAGGGUGUAUUUCAAACGUUGGUGGAGAAGCAUUUCCCCGCUCCAGACCGCGACCGCAUCAAUCGUCUGCUGGGACUAGAGCCGGCGCGUGCUAAGCAAACAGCUGCCAUCACUACACCUCAACACAACGACGAUGCCAAUACCUCCAAGAGGAAAUUGACGGCCCGGCAGCAGGUGAACGCGGCGGCGAAGCGGUCGCGCGGUUCGUCCGCCGACGCGGAGGACGAGUGGGUGCGCGGCUCCGAGGACGAGCUCGACCUAGACUCUGACGACGCGCGGCCAUCCGACUCGGACCUCAGCGACUCCAACCCGUUCCGAGCGGGUAGCGAUAGUGACGACGAACCGUGGGUGGGUCGCAAGAAGAAAAUCUCCAAAAAGAAGAAGGCUGUCGUUAAGAAGAAGCCCACUACAACACAGGACAAGAUAGAGACUAUGUUCGAACGCAAGAGUGCCGCGCCCCCUCCCGCCACGGUCAGUGUCCCACACGCUGGAAGAUCACUCACCGGGACACCGGUCGGGACCAACGGACUCUAUCUUGGUCCUGCCCGCAGUCAGCCGCCGCCUCGGUCGGCCAUAGAGCGCGCGUGCAGCAUGAAGGAAGAACUACUGGUCGCCAUAGAGCGGCUGGGUCGACGACUGCCGCCCAACACGCUCGACCAACUUGUCGACGAAUUAGGCGGCACCGACAACGUGGCAGAGAUGACAGGUCGCAAAGGUCGCGUGAUCCAGACGGAGGACGGUCAGAUCUUGUACGAGAGCAGGUCCGAGGCGGAUGUGCCACUGGAGACGCUCAACCUGACGGAGAAGCAGCGGUUCAUGGAUGGCGAGAAGGACGUCGCCAUCAUAUCCGAGGCGGCAUCCAGUGGCAUAUCGCUACAGAGCGAUCGCAGAGCGAGAAAUCAAAGGAGAAGAGUUCAUAUAACGUUAGAGCUACCGUGGUCAGCAGACAGAGCUAUACAACAAUUUGGACGUACCCACCGGUCGAACCAGGUGAACGCGCCGGAGUACAUAUUCCUGAUCUCUGACCUCGCGGGCGAGAGAAGGUUCGCCUCCACAGUCGCCAAGCGACUAGAGUCCCUUGGGGCCCUCACGCACGGAGAUCGCCGCGCCACCGAGACCAGGGACCUCAGCCAGUUCAACAUCGACAACAAGUACGGUCGUACGGCAUUGGAGGCGGUGAUGAAGGCCAUAAUGAAGUACGAGAGCCCGCUAGUGCCGCCUCCACGCGCCUACCGCGGGGAUUUCUUCCAGGACGUCGCCUCCGCGCUUGUCGGCGUAGGGCUCAUAGUCAACAGCGAGGCGUCGCCCGGACAUCUCUCGUUAGAUAAGGAUUACAACAAUAUGUCAAAGUUUUUAAAUAGGAUACUCGGUAUGCCGGUCGAGUUGCAGAACAGAUUGUUCAAAUACUUCACAGAUACGUUAGCGGCGGUCAUGGAACAAGCCAAACGUAGCGGCAGGUUCGAUCUGGGCAUCCUGGACCUGGGCAGUGCGGGCGAGAGCGUGCGCCGCUCCCGGACCCUGCGCUUCCUGCGACGACACGCCACCGGACAGGCGCCCGUCGAGCUGCACACCGUGCACUCCGAGCGUGGCAUGGAGUGGACUACGGCCUUAGAGAAAUGGUCGGAAGCCAGCAGUGCCAAGGAGGGCUUCUAUUUAUCCCAACAACCGCGGAAUAACAAGCACACAGCUGUACUGUGUAUAGCCGUGCCGCUCACCAUCAAGAAGGAACGAAUCACCAAGAAGGAACAGAUGUUCCAGAUAUACAGACCGAACACGGGCCUCCAAUUGAAGUUGGAAUCGCUCGCGGAAAUAGAAAAGAAGUACAGACGAGUGGAGAGCGACGAAGCGGAAAAAUGGUGGAAGGCGCAGUACCAGGCGUCCCUGCGCGUCUGUAGCCACGCGUACUGGCGGGGACUCUGCACCAAACCGAACGACUGCGAGGUGGGUCUGCGUGUGCGCACAUGGUACGUCCUGUCGGGGUCGGUGCUGGGCGUGUGGGCUCGCGUGGAGGCCGUGCUGGCCGCGCGCAGUCAGCUCAACAAGAUGCAAGUAGUCCGCGUCAAGGACAACGACGGUCUCAAGAUUGUAGGUACACUUAUUCCAAAGAAUUGCGUAGAACCGUUACGGGAUGCGCUCGCUUCAGAUGCGGUGAACGUCACCGAGCAAAAGUUCGAGCAACCGGACGGACUAAAGUGAACCUUACACGCACCGCGCAAGGCUCACAGUAUACAACCCAACUAUAGUUCCUCUCACUUUUACUCGCCGAUAGCGGGGCACGAUGGUCGCGACUCGAAAUAUUAUGAGCCGCAAGAUUUCGUUGUUCAAAAGUGUAUAAAGCAGCUUUGAUAGUAAUGCCAGUUUGUAACUAAAACAAAUUAUUAUGGUGCGUGCGGCGUUGAAUGUACAUAUAUGUAAUUUCAAAGCUGUCUAUACAAAGACGAAAUUGGAUGAGACAAAGUUUAUCGUUAAGUAAGUUAUGGCUUAAAUUUCAUUAUUAAUAAAAAGUUGUCUAUCUGUUAAUAUUAAUAUAUUGUGGCUCGAGAUAUUUCGAGCUGGGAAUCGUUAGUGUUAAGAUUCGGUUCGUGACGCUUUGGUCCUUCGUGAGUGCGAGUGUCGUUGAAAUGUACGAAUUAGAACGGGUAAAGUGGCGGGUGUGGAUUUGGAAUUGCGACGUCGGAUCAGAGCAUUUUGAACCAUGGAGUUUUUAUACGAGUUGACGUGAAGGAGUAGCGUAGUAGAGGCGACGCUUCGCGAGUCAAUUACCGGUGCGUGGUAACUUGAAGCUUGAUUCCAUACUGGAAGGUUUAUUUUUGAUUUAGCUCAUAGCUUAGUCCCUAACCAAAUAUGUCUGCCUAAUAUGAAUACGAAUGGUUUUACUCAGAACUAGUUAGGUUUGGAGGCUCAACGUUGUUAUAUUAUUUUAGUUAAUCUACGUUUUACUCCUCUGACUGUUAGAAUAUCUAUCCGUAGUUUUAUAUAGUAAACUAUUGUAUAGCUUUGAGUUUGAUAAAUGCCAGCGUCCUGAGCCUGGCAGAUUGUGUGAUAAAGUUGUUAGUUGAUAGAGUAGAAGUACAUCGUAAUUUAUUUUAAGUAUGUAUUAAUACAAUGUACAUAAUGAAGUAUGUUUUUAGUAUGUGAUAUGUGGUCUUUAUUUUUAAUCAAUACUAAUCGUUUAAUCAAAAUCAAUAAGCGAUUUAUUUGUUUUAAUAUUUAUGUUAUUUAAUUAUUGAUAUAACAUAGUUGCGAAAUGUAAUCACAAUAAUGAUUGCAGAUUAAAUUCAUUAAAAUUGAAGAUUAUUUAUUUUAAUCAUUUUUUUAUCACUUGUUGAAAUUCAAUUAAUUUAAUUAAACAUUUUGCCGCUCUCUCAUUGUAUACACAUUAUACAAAUAUGGCAAUUUGAUUGAUGAUUUCUGACUUUGAAUAUUCAUAUUUGUCUUUUACUAUUAUUGAAAAAAAAGAGUAUAUAUAAACUGUUUCAUGGUCGAGCUUCAAGUUAGCCUAAGUGUUGGGGCAUCAUGUAAAGGGUAUAUUAAUAUUAUUUAAACCAACAUGCUAUAUUGAUGAAGAACGACUUGUUACGAUAAUUGAAGACGUGGUGAUUGAAGGUCUAAUGAAAUAUUAAGUAAAAAGGUUAAAAUGAAUGGCAAUUGUUUAUUUAACUGAAAUUACUUGAAAUAACAAUAUUAAUAAAAAAAAAACUUAUUUUAAAGUUUCAAAUAUAACUUACUGUUAAGAGCUUGACAUAAUGUCUUCAUCCACGCAUGGUUUCAAUUAUUUUUAAUAAGAAAAGGGACCAAUAUGAUUGGGCAUAUGACAUUACAACUGCGCUUAUGCAAAUUUGGAUACAAACAAUACCUAUUGAUUAUACAACGAAAGAAAUAUCACGUUGGUUAUUUUAAAGCAAAGGAAUCUAGCAUAUACAUACAGCCAAUUGAACAUUGAUGUUUGACAUCUAGACGCCUGUUUAAACUUACGUUGCAAUCUAAUUGAAUUACGUAAGAAUAUAGCUGAGUUUACAGGACAAUAUUCAUAUGCGUUAUAAUUUUAAAUGAUAUAAUAUUUAUAUCCAUUACAUUAUGUUUCGCAAAAUAGCAACAUUUUAAAAUCAUUAU